AGAUGGUAGGGAGUGCUGUGGAAAGUAGUGGGGUUCAGGUAGCUUCUGCUACCUGGGUGCCCAGGGCAGCCUUGUUGUUAUGCCACGCCCACCCACUGCCAUUUUGGCCCCAAAACUUUAGUGUUCAGCCUUAAAAUGUGAAAAAACAUGCAAAAAGCAGCCCAGUCUCUUGCAGAGUCCUCUCUGCAGUUAGCAAAUGAAAUAUGAGAGGGCUGGAGCCCAGCCUGCGCGACUGAGGGGAAAAUACUGAGCUGGUUGUGAGGCAUCUGCUUUGUUUGGGGAGAGAUGGACAAAACCCUGCAAAUGUCCCAAAAGCAAAGGGUGUGGGGGGCUGGCCCCACCAAAUCUUAUUCCUCCAGACCCUCUGCUAAAUGGGGAUGUGCUCAGUUUCACAAAAAGAUAGCCCAUUUUGUGGAGCUUUUGAAUAUUCAAAUUGAAAGUAUCGCGCAAUCAUUGAUUGUCAAAUCAUUGGUUUCUAGAGGUUUUAAAUACUUGGCAUUAGGAGAGAAAAACUCAAACUUAUACCUGUAGAGAUAAAACAAUAAUAUUGUCGGGAUCCACCUGGCAUUGCCACCAGGCAAGCAGGUCCCUUCACCCCCAAAUUUUACGCCUGUUUCCUCUUGCCCUCUUCACCUGCUCUGGGGCCGGGGCCGGGGCCAGGGCCACCCCUGCCGCUGCACCGGGCGCCCGGCGAGGUGCUGCCCGCUCCUGCUCAGGAUGUCCGGAAAGCCUAAGGUGUAUCAAGGUGUUAGAGUAAAAAUUACAGUGAAGGAGCUACUGCAGCAGAGAAGAGCACGGCAAGCAGCAACCAGCACAGCAGUUUCCUGGGGCAGCAACAACAUCCAGUUUUCAGAGUCUGUGUCUCCUCCUUACCCAGCACCUUUUGAUUCAGAACCCACCUCUUCCAUUCCCAACUAUUGUCCAUCAUGGCAGUUUUCAAACUGCCUCUCCCGUGAAGAAAGCCCUAGCUAUCUGGAGCAGCUGGUAGAUUCCUGUCUUCAGACCGAUGCGCCCUCAGACCCAGCCUUCAGUGCUUUCCAGACGUCCUCACACUGCACCCCAGAUGCCUUCCAGCCAGUCCCACUCUGCUUUAACCAGAGCCUGGCUCCUGGAUCCCCCAGUUCACCUGACCUGUCCAGCCCAUUAAACCAUAGCUGCUCUCCUCCUCAGCUACCUCCUUUCACCCCAGUGACCCACAGCCCACCCUCUGCUCUGGACACCAAGACCUAUGGCUACCCUGUGGAGGAGUGGUCCUGCCAUAUCCCCUCCCCAUACAGCACCUCUGCCUGCUGCUGUGCCACCUGUGGCUCCCAGCAUGGGGACAACAGGCUUCCGCAGUACCUCCACUGCCCCAGCAAGGACUGCAUGGACUAUCUACCGCCCAUGGCCAUGGCCGAUGACUUCUUCAGAAGCGAUAGGAGCUGUGACAUCUGCUAUAGCUAAUGGGGACUGUGGUUUUACACAUCCACUGUAUCCAAAUCAGAUUAAUUGCCCAUGAACUAUGCAAAGUUAAGCUGCCUAACAGUCCCAGUUUAUUCUUCACUACUCACACAUUUUCUACACGACAUUGUCACUACAUUACUCCUCCUGUCUUGUAUGGUCAGGGGUAUUUUGUCAUUGUGGUGGUUUGGGUUUUUCUCGUUCUCUUUGUUUUUGUUGUUGUUCUUUAAAGAAAUCCUAAGCUGCCUUACCAAAUACAUGUGAUUAAGCCAGCUCUUUUUGAUACAAAUAAAUAAUUUGGUAUGUAUGCUGAAGUCUGUUCGUUCCUCAUGUGCUAAA